UCGAAGUUGAGAUGUGUAUGUGACCCCCUCCGUCGAAAAUUGGGGGUUAUAGCAGCACAUAUUACUGGGGACAAGUCCCAGUGUCCAUUGACGAAUCAUGUCAUGGCAAAACAUCGCAGAAAACGCUUUAGACGUGGUUCUACGAGUGCCGUCUCUGUUUGUCAUAGACUGUAUUUUAAACGGGAAUUUCCUGCACUUCCUCUUCGUGCACGUAUUAAGAACGUCAGAAGUGUCAACUGACUGGGCCUCGGUUUUUUGGAUGUUGUUUAUAGGCAUAUGUUGCUGUAUUGCUGUGAUAGUUUUCUGCCUGGACGUGAAGCAGCUGAUAGAUACAUACAGCUAUGUUCUGUCGUUUGCCGUUUUGCUCAUAUCGCAGCAGUGCAGCUUUACCUAUGUUAUUCAAAUGUACUCGUUGGAGCUUCGUAAGAUGGAGGAAAAACCAUACAUGAAACCGUAUAAUUUUGUGGAGCUUGUGUCCUUGAAUCCAUAUAUAUUUUGUUCACAUAUCUUCUACCAACUGAGUCUUUCACAGAUUUUUAUCCUACUGCGAACUAAUCGCCACUCGUACCGACAAAGUGAAAAUAACAAUGGCAUGAGGUUCCUCUUUCAGAUGGCCAUACAUAUAUCGCUGACCUUUCCACUGACAGUGCUGGCUUUCUACCAAGACUUUCAGUUUUUUCUCUGGACCCCAUUGAUGUCCCUCAUUUUCCCAAUGCUGCAGUUAAUUUCAGAUUUAUGCAAUUCUCUAUACAAUAUAUUUAUUACACUAGUAAGAACUUAUAGUUUAGCUUCUGAGACGAUUCAGGCAGUUGGAAUUCAAAGUUAUGUCGAAGGUCACUGGGUGAGAGUGAGAGUUCCCACUGUUCUAAGGGUGUUUUUUGUGUUGCGUGUAUUGUAUCAAGUAGCCAGCCAUAUACUGUACAUGAUGUACCAGCAUUACGUUGUCACAGGGAUAGUCGACUACUGGGCCUGGUCCCUAUCCACAGAGACUCUUCAGCUGGUUGCUGUAAGAAGCUGUGAGACCACAGUGUCCCUGUUGGGACUGACUAGCAUAGUAUCUCUUGUGACACAUUACAUUGGUCUCUUCAUGGCCUUUUGUAUAGGCUCCGAUACCGAGGAGGACCGCAACAUGGGCACAGUGUCGGCCAUAUUGUUUUUUAUUUUAGCACUGCAGACCGGCCUAACCGGUCUUAUUGCGGAGAAACGCUUGAUGCAGCUCUAUCGUAAUUUCUGUCUGCUGUCAACUGCAAUAUUGCAUUUUGUGUAUAACAUGGUAAACCCUUUAUUAAUGUCGCUAAGUGCUUCGAGGAACACCAAUAUUGUACGUCACGCCAGAGCUCUGAUGAUGUGUGUGUUUCUGACUUUAUUUCCGCUCUGGCUUCUCACUUACCUGUGGAGCCGCUACACGAUCAGCACGUGGCUUCUCGCAGUGACAGCAUUUAGCAUUGAGGUUAUUUUCAAGGUGUUUAUUUGCCUACUCGUGUACACUUUAUUCAUAGUGGAUGCUUACAGAGACAAGUUCUGGGAGAAGCUCGAUGACUAUGUUUAUUAUGUGCAGUCCACUGGCAACACAGUGGAGUUCCUCUUUGGGAUAUUCCUCUUCUGUAAUGGAGUGUGGAUUAUGCUGUUUGAGUCUGGUGGGGCAAUCCGAGCCAUCAUGAUGUGCAUACACGUCUAUUUUAACAUCUGGAUGCAGGCCCGGGAGGGCUGGAAGGUGUUCAUGAAGAGGAGGACUGCCGUGAACAAGAUCAACUCGUUACCGACGGCGACCCAGGAGGAACUGGACGAGCUGAAGGAUGUGUGCGCAAUCUGCUACCAGGAGUUGAAGGGUGGGGCACGGGUCACGCGCUGUUCGCACUACUUCCACGGCAUCUGUCUGCGCAAGUGGCUGUACGUCCAAGACCGCUGUCCUCUGUGUCACAAGCUCAUCUACAACCCGGACCCACCACCACCAGGUGCAGGUCCAGCCCCCAGGGGGGAAACUCCUCUGAUGCUAAAUAAUGACCAGGCCCCUCCACUGGUUCAGCUGAACCAGGACAGACCUGAACAUGUCCCUGAUGUCAUUGGCAUGGGUAACCACGUGUUUCCUGAUCCUCCACCACCACCACAACCACACUUCAUGCAUCAAGGUGCCUACCAGCGCAGAAUGGCACCCUAGCUGUUCUCGUACAUGACCUGCUUUGGGUCCACUAUUGAGAUUAUCUUGAGAGUUUGAGACAUAGAUUGUUCAACGGGUUUUCAUCUAAAUUUAAGCAGCAUGCAAUUUAAAUAAUAGUAUGAACCAAGUUAGCAAGGCUUGAAAUUCAUUGUUUGAAUGAGAAGCAAUGUUUGCAUGUCGUCAGAUUUUAAUCUGAAAGCAAAGGCUAGAAAUUGAGAACCCGUUCUAGAAUGCAGGUAUUGAUAUAAAUUCUAUAGUUGUAUAAUUCUUUAAGAUAAAAGCAAAAGCUGCAUACACGUGAACCUGAUAUUCAGAACACACAUUGUGUAUUUUGGGCAGCAGUGUAUGUCGGGCUUCAUGUCAGUUUUAAGCCUUGCUAAGUAAACGAGGUGACUUCAAUGAUGGAGUGAUGAAGUCAUUUAGUGUAAGUGGGCUCUUGCUGAUCUCUGUGCUAAGAAAAGCAUUUAGGCAGCUGGAUACCGUCUUAUGGAGAUGACUGGGCACUAAGAUCGCUGUAAGUUCACACAUCUUGGGGCUCGGAUUGCUUUGUAAAACGGCCCAGCUGCGUUUAACCAGAACAUCAUGCCUGAAUUUCUUAAUUUGAAAUUUAAGCAUGAAAAUAAGAUACAGAUAUAUAUAUAUUCAAUAUAUAAUCAAAUAUUUCUUCAUUUUAAAUAGAAAUUUAUAUAAUAAUUUAUAUUAAAACAAAAUUCUUGACAUCUGGUUUUACGUGCUGAGAUUUUACUGGAUUUAUUUCCAUGAAGUCAGAUUUGCCUUCUUGAACCUUGACCCUAUUUGAAAGGAAGGAACAAAUUGUAUUUUGUUUGAUGAUACACUGAAAACAUUUUAAUUACGGUUGUGUGGUGUUGGUACUAUUUGAAAGGAGAAUAGUCACAUGUAUGUUGUUCACCUAAACAUACCAGUACAUAUACAAUUUUAUCGGUGGAUACUUUUAAAAAACCCAAAACAUUUAAAUUACGAUUUAAAGUAUGUAUGUUAUAAUAGCACAGACCUGUACAGGUUAUACCAUAAAUAUAUUAAUUAGUGUAUGGCAGUCAAUUAAAAUGUUUUAUUUAUUUUAAAUCACAAUUGAAUUAAAUUUUGACCAAAAAUAAAUUAGUGCAGGAUCCAGCAUUGGAUUCAGGGUUUUGUAGGGGGGUGAAGUGGUAGGGAUGGGCGUUUGGGCUAAAAAAAAAUUAGACUAAUGGAAAAAGGUAAAACAGUCCUGGAAAAUGGACCAAAAUAGUGCUUAAAAGUCCUGGAAAAUGGACCAAAAUUGUGCUAAAAAAUCUUGGAAAAUUAACCAAAAUAGUGCUUAGAAGUUGUGGAAAAUGAAACCAUUUGAAGUGUAUGCACCCUGAUAUAAGAUCCUCUACUGGGCAGCCUUUCUCUUUGUGCAAACAUAAUUACAAUCGGAUGGUCAUUCACACUAACCCUGGGCUAGCUCUUUUUCAUAUAAUCUCUUCAAAUUCAAAAGUUGCAGGAUCCCAGUUAUUUAUCAAUCAUUAAGUGAAAUUAUUUUACAAAUUAUUAUAUAUUUUUUUCUCCAGUUUUUAAAAUCCACAAUUAGUGAAUUUAGCGAGUGACAGACAUUUGUUUUAAUUGUGGAAAAUAUGUUUGCAUCGUCAAUCCACUUGGACUUUUGUCAAUAUAUACAUGCACUAGUUAUGAAUCCUACAGUGAGCUGGAGCUUUAUUUUCUUUGUACAUGAACAUAACUUGGUAUAACAUAAAAGACUUGAAUUCUUAUCCACUAUUAGUAAAACUUGAAUUAUACAUAUAUGUAUUUUCAUCCAACAUAGGUUGAAAUGGCUCUCCUCCGUGUUUGUAAUAUAAAUACUGAUGAAAGGUGUUCUAUAAAUAUUGAUGAAAGGUGUUUGUUCUAUAAAUAUUGAUGAACGGUAUUUGUUCUAUAAAUAUUGAUGAAAGGUGUUUGUUCUGUAAAUAUUGAUGAAAGAUGUUUCUGCAAGAGGGAACAGAGGGUGCAAUUACGUACCGGAAAAUCCUGGAAAUUAAUUGAGAAAAUAUUUUGUAAUUUUCAGAUAGAUGAUAGUUUAAGAAUUGCUGUUUAAAAUUGGUCAAAGUGCGUAAAAUUUAGUGUGGAAUUUCAAAGCAUUUCUAACCCAUAACCACCUAGCAGGGGCAGUUUUGGUCUGUUUUAUUACCUAGAUACCCUGGAAAUAUUGUCUGGCAGAAAACGGGGAUAACGAGGAUCCAGAAUAUGCCAUAUAUGUAAGCUGUCAACGUCUAAAUGUAUUCUAUUUUAUAUUAUUUUAUCACUUUCAGGCUUAACACAAGUGGUAUCUUCAAAAGGCAGUACUUUACAAAAAAAAAAAAAAAAAAAUGCCUACAAAAUAGUUGUAUCUUUUGUAUCUUUUAGUGAAUGCAUUAUAAAUUACUUACUUGUUGUUUACACUUCGAAAACCAUUUACUUGACAUCAUAGAAUAAGCAGGAGAGUUGUAGCUAUAAAUGUGACUGUUGGUUGUUGUGUUAUGAAAUUUCUCUGAAGUUUGAGUGAUUUAAAGGUGUUAGAAGUACAGUGGAUUAUAAUAUAAAGUUAGUUAUGCAAGGACUAUAUUUAUUAUUGCAUAUUGUGUAUGCUUGUCAUUUUCAAAGUGAAUUCAGAUACUUUUUUUUAAAGUUCUCAAACUACUUGAAAAAUUCCCUCCAGAUUUUGUCUUUCUGACCCUUUCCCUCCACCCGGACCUGAAGGGUCCAAAAGGGAACAGUUAAGCCAAUUAGAAAAAAAUAAUUCUUCUUUAGAUGUUUAUGUAAUUUGUGAAUGUUAUUAAAUCGGGUCCCCCAUUUAUUAAGAACCCCAGGGAGGGGUGAAGUUUACCAGUAUAGUUGUAUGAAGAAAUGUAUAUUAAACUAAUUUCUUCAGAUACUGGUAGGCCUAUAUUAGACCAUUUCCACCUACCGUAAAUUUUGUGGGAAGCUUCUUUGAUCCAUGGAGAAUUUGAUCGUUCUGACCACCGAUAUGUCGGGUAAUAAAUAUCUUUAUCACUCUAGAUGCUUGAUCACGUUUAUUAAGACAAUUAUCCCCCCCCCCCCCUUUCCCACACACACCAACACCAGUUUUGUGGAGUGCUGCUUUCCCUGCAAUAAUUUGAUUUUUUACUCGCCUGGUUUUUUUUCAAAAACAAAAGUUCAAUAAUCAGGGCUCAGAAUUAACAAUUUGAGCAAGGCAAAUUGUGCCUGAAGUAAAAACAUUAAUUAAUUUAGGAGCAAACUUUGGUUAGUUGAAAUAAAAAAAAUAAAAAUAAAAAAUUAGACAAAAAGAAACCAACCUAUUUUAUAAAUGUAUAACCGUGAACACCAUAUGGACAGUUCUAUGGGAACUGGUGUUAUUUGUUUGAUUAACAAACAAACUAAAACAUCCCACUUCUUGAAGUUGAAUAGAGAACAAAAAAAGGUGCAUCCACCCCACCUUUUUCAACUUCUAUUGCAGUUUCAAGUAUGAAUGUUACCAGUAGCUUUCAUAUAGUAAUCCAGGUAGGGACAAGACCAUGUAUAAAUAUAUAAAUACGUUGCUACAUUGCCUGUGUGAUUGGUAAAGGAAAAUGAAUAAACCGUAACAGAAUAAUGGUCAAAGUCCAAGUCACAAGAUGUGACUAAAGCAAUUUGUUGAGGCGCAGAUGUAAAAUUAUCGUUGUAUUUGCCACUAAAUAGUUGCUAAUUCGAGCCCUGGAAAUGCAUGUAUUAUACAUGUGUUUGAUUUAUGACUUUUGGUUUUUACAUUGUGCCAGAUGUUAAUUAUACUGAUCCCAUGCUUAUAAAACUUAAAGUCUAGGCUCCAAAGUUGAUUAAAUUGUGUCUAUUCAAGUAGAUUUAUAGUCUAGAGACUGCUAGAGUGUAGACUGAAACUGAAGUAUGUUAUAAGCAGGGAUCGAACAUAAGGACGGCACAGACGACAAGAUAUAAAUUGCCAUAGGUAGAGAGCAUCACUGAUGGCACUUUGGUGUUGUCAGUAAAGUUCCUCAACAGUGGCGAAAUGUACACACCUGGUCUGCCAAUAUUUAACAUUUGCACAUUUGAAAUAUGUCUACAUACAGCAAAAUAGCCUUUCAGUCAAGUUUUUAUAUUUGAUGCAAAUGUCACUUUUAAAAAAUUGCCAUAGGCAGGCUUAAAAUUGCAGUCAGUGAGCUGUUUCACCCAAGACAAUUCUUUUACAAAUUGCUGUGGGAGGCAAAGCAUGGGACCAUGCAAGCUUUAGAAUAAGAAACGAUGAGUAAUUAGUAUGAACUGACCAGAUACACAAUAUGGUGUGGUAUUUGGGCAGUUCAUUUUAGAAUCCCACUGCAGUCGUUAAAAUGAUGUAAAUAUUUUGUGGUUCCAUCUGAUAAUCUUGUUUUCAACCAAGCACAGAACCUGGGUAAAUUUACAGCCCCACGACUGUACAUGUUUUUCAUUAUUUGAUGAUGUUUUGAUAAUAGUAUCUGGUACAAUAACUUGCAUUUGAAUCGAUCAAUUUGUAAUCAUAAACAUGGAUAUAUGGGAGUUGUUGUGAACCAGGUUUAGUGUUGACUACAGCAAGGUUCGCCUUUGAAUGUGCAAAUGUUUUUAAAAUGUUAUAUAUUGUCUGUGAUACAGUGUAAUUAACUCUGUGUGUGUUUCUGCACACACAUUUUGAUUUUUUAAAAACAGUUUUAUUUUAUUGGAUUUUUUCUCACACACUGGGAAACUUCACAUAGAAAUAGCAAAUGUAUAGCCGUGAAGUUUCAGUGUCAAAAACAAAAUAAUAGCUUUUUCUAACUUUGAGUUUUGGUAAUCUUAAGAAAGUAAAAUUGAGAAUGAAAUAUCAACAUAUUUUUUUAUUGAUAAAAUAUGUACAUAUUUUUUAUAUAUCAGUUCUUUUGAUUUUUAAAACAGUUUACUUUGUAUAGAACCAAGCUUGUUAUUCCAUAUGUAACUGAAAUAUUUCUAGAUUUUAUAAAUUUAUGUGUGUUUACCCAAAACUAAGGUACACAGUCAAGAACAUUGAAACCAUAUUAUUUAAAGCAUGUUG